CAAAAAUCAAAAAUGGCGCCCAGCUCGAAAUCUGAGAAAGAUGACAACAAACAAAAACAGCAGAAAAAACACAAAGAGCACAUCAUUAAACUGCUGACGCGCGGACGGCUGUAUGGACAGCUCUCUCAGCGGCUCUUCCGGAAACUUCCUCCACGUGUUUGUGUCCCGCUGAAGACCAUCGUCAGUGAGGAGUUUCUCAGAGCCGGGCACAUCUUCCUGGGCUUCACUAAGUGUGGCCGGUAUGUUCUGUCCUACACCAGCGACUGCGGAGAAGACGAUGACUUCUCCUUCUACACCUAUCACCUGUACUGGUGGGAGUUUAACCUGCACAGCCGCCUCAAACAGGUUCAUCAUGUGCGUUUGUUUGCCGGUGAGGACAUUUACAGUGAUCUCUAUCUGACUGUGUGUGAGUGGCACAAUGACCACUCCAAACUGGUCAUCUUCGGCUUUAACACACGCAGCUCCAGUUCAGCACUGAUGAACAUGAUGAUGAGUGACGAGAACAACAGAGACAUUUACAUCACCAUCACCUCCAUGCCUCCCGCUCAGCCGUGCAAACAGUGCUGUCCCGUGGCCUCCACCUCGGUGGUGUGUGUAGGUGGAGAGUGUUUGGAGCAUGGUUACGUUCUCAACGCUCGAUAUCAAGUGGUUUAUCCGUUCCCGACGUUCCAGCCAGCGCUGCAGCUGAAGAAGGACCAGGUGAUCCUGCUCAACACCAGCUACUCUCUGGUGGCCUGCGCCAUCUCACUCUGCACAGGAGACGGCCAACAGGAGAGUCAAAACAAUCAGAUUCUGUACCGAAAGAGAGAACCUUCCUCCUCUUCCUCUUCUGCUCCUGCUGGUCCCACAUCUCCAUCCCCAUCCUCUUCAGCUUCGUCUCAGGGCUCACCUGACCUCCGACACUCAAAAACUCACGUGACCCCGCUCUCCCCCAGCCAAUCACAGGCUGCCGUUUGGGCCAGAGAGUUUGCUGCCGACAUCUUCCGCAGAGCUCAGGCUGGAACGAGGGAACCCGAGCGAUGCAAAGCCAAAGAGAAAGAAGAAGAAACAGACACUCAGAGACGCCUCCAUGAUCAAGAGCGCACGAGAGAAAGUACCAGGGAAGUCCCGGGACCUUCAUCUUCCUCCUCGGGACAGAACCAGAGCUCAGUGGUGGAAAGCGGUGUGUGUAAUACAGUCGUGUCUCCUAGAUCCACAUCUUCCGUCUCAUCUCUGUCUCCACACGAACAGGAGCCUUCAUCAUCCUCCUCUUCCUCAUCAGAGCCUGCUUAUGUCAACUACACCACGCUCCGAUACAGACUCCCACAGGCCACCGCGGCGGAGCAGACCAGCGGUGAGGAGGAUGAUAAAGUCCAGCUUCCUUUCACUGUGACCGAUCUGAAGGGACGACCCUUACAGAUAGUAACGGGACAGUACAGUGGUCAGUGUGUGUGUAUCGAGCAGCUGACUCUGGAUUUCGAGUAUCUGAUAAACGAGGUGAUCAGGAAUGACGCUGAAUGGGGAUCUCAGUUCUGCUCCUUCAGUGAUUAUGAUGUGGUCAUUCUUGAGGUUUGCCCGGAGACCAAUAUAGUGGUGAUCAACAUCGGGCUGUUGCUGCUGGCGUUCUCUAACUGUGAUGAUGAGCACUGCAGGCCCAAGUCGUAUCACUCCAGUCUGCAGGUCAGUUGGGAUCUGAACACAGGCGCGUGUCACACAGUCGGGGUCGGCGACCUCACAGAGGUCAAAGGUCAGACCAGUGGAAGUGUGUGGAGCUCCUACAGGAAGUCGUGUGUAAACACUGUGAUGCGGUGGCUCGUGCCGGAGAGCAGCUCACGCUACAUCAACCGCAUGACCAAUGAGGCGCUGCAUAAAGGCUCUUCUCUUCAGGUGUUGACUGAUAACGACAGAGGCACGUGGAUCGUCCUGUGAUUUCGUCGCAAGGUAUUCUAGGAGCUGCAGAUAAAACACACGUUUGGGCUAAACUGACCCUCGGUGCUCCGUCCCAAUCUGGACACUCUGGGAUAAUGAUGUCAUGAUUAAACAUGUGAUGUCAUCAGACGCAUCAGUCUCCGUUAAACAUGCACUCUUUACUUUUACACACUCGUUUUGAUGUUGCGUUCUCAACGUAUUGUGUUCGAAUGCCCCAACCCUGGAAAGGGCAGCAGGAGAUGUUGUUUUUUUUUCUCGUUUUUAUGUUUGUUUGAUUCAUUUUAGGAUGUUUGUUUACACUUGUCUCAUCAGCCAAUAAGAAACUGUUGAUAUCUCCCGCCUCUUUUUUUAUUAUAACUGGUCAUGGCCUCGCAAGCUGGACUGGAUGAGGAUAUUGUUUUUACGCAAUGUUGUUUUACUUUUUUUUUUUUUUUAUAAAAUUAAAUAUUGCUUAAACACUUUA